AUGCCCAAGGAGAAGAGCUCCAAGCACGUCAAGUGCGAAAUUCUUUUCGAGAACAACUCGAACGGCAUUUUCACGGCCGGCGAUCAUGUCGCCGGCUUCGUCGAGCUGCAGCUGACUAAGAUAAAGAAAGUGCGAGGUGUCUGCCUUAAUAUUUCCGGGUUUUCAACCGUGUUCUGGGAGGCCAAGGUACCGGACGGACCGAAGAACAAAAAGACGAAGGCACAGUUCAAGGGCCGCGAAGACUUCAUCAAAAAGAAACUGUACCUCGCCGGGACGGAAAAUGGUGCCGGAAUACAGCUACCCUCCGGUGCGCUACGGUACAAGUUCGACUUUCAAAUUCCCCCAACGGUCCCAACGUCGAUGGAGGGAAAAUACGGCCAUGUGCGCUAUCUGCUGCAAGUGACCUUGGAGCGUCCGUGGAAGUUUGACCACAACUUCCAGAAACCGUUCACCGUGGUGUGCCUGGCCGAUUUGAACCAGAGCAACGAAGUCCUGUGCAUACCGACCAAGGCCGAGAGCAUGAUGACGUUCUACUGCGGAUUCUGCCGCUCGCGUCCGCUGAUAGUUUCGGCAACAACGCCCAAAUCAGGCUAUACACCCGGGGAAACGAUUGAGCUGGAGGUGUUUGUCCAAAACUCCAGCACGGUUGCGGUCAGUGAGAUUGAGAUUAAAUUUCAAAAGUUACUGAAAUUCAUCAGCCAGACGCGUGUGAUCGGCCAAACGCAGAUUCCGCUCGUGGAAACCAACGUCCAGUACGAAGUGCUGACUGUGCGAAAAAUUCCCACCAUACAGGGUGAAAACGAUGCACGGUUUGUGGAGAACUUCGUCGUUAACCCGAUACCGUCCACCGAGACAACGCACAGCAGUAUUGUUCAUGUCUCGUACGAGCUGGCCGUCUUGGUGAAACCGCAGAGGUCCACGAAGCGAAUGAAGCUAAACAUACCGAUCACCAUCGGCAAGAUCCCGCUGGCAGGUUCGGCUACGCCAUAUUCGAUUUCGGGAGGCGUUCACAAACUGGCCACCACUCUGGGAGAACAGUGCAGCGCCCCGCCAGCUUACGAGGAGUAGCCACGGAGGCGGUGGGGCAGGAACUAACCGACAUCGGGUUAUUUGUGAUACUGUGGAACACGACAAACACACGGGACGUGAUUAGUGAUUACCGGAACAGUGCUUAAGAGGAUGCUUAUUUGAAGUAACAGACCGUCCCACUAGAGCGGCUGACUUUUAAAGUGUGUGCGAUUACCGUCAACUGUUUAUAUC